AUGUCGAAAGCCUACACAUGGAGUGAACUCCAGCAUCACAACAAAACUGAGGAUCUAUUUAUCGUCGUUCGGGGUAGUGUGUAUGAUGUCACAAAAUUUCAGCAUGAGCAUCCAGGUGGCCCAGAAUUUCUUUUGGACCAAGGAGGGGGGGAUGUUACAGAACUUUUUGAGGACGCAGGCCACAGUGAAGAGGCGAGGUCCAUAUUGAAGAAGCUCAAAAUUGGUGUAGUCGAGGGCAAGGCCAAUGACACGGAGGAAACAUCAUCCCGAGAAAAUAUUGGCGGUUUAGCGGGCUUUGGAUCACGUCGACAUACCAUAACGGCAUUUUUCUUCAUUGUCCUCGGGCUACUUUUCCACUACUAUUACCAAAACCAUAACAAGAUGUUGCCUGCUUGGCGUGAGCUCCUACUGGCGCCAAAUUAG